UUAAUCACACCCCUCAUUAUGCUAGAACCACUAAACUUACGACUAUAAUGUGUUUUUAAUUAUACAGUGUGAAGUAUUUCUUACAGUGGAGGUGAAGAUGUGUAGUUCUUAGACCCUGAAGUCGGAAGAUUCUAGAAGCUUUCUGAGGGAAAAAAAACAACCCGUUUGAUAUAUUAGACUCCUUUGAGACCGAUUGCAUAGCUCAAUAGUAAUGAUUGAACCUUUCAACAAGAUGUAAUGGCGUAAAAAUGCACGAAAAUGUUUUCAUGUUGUCAGAAAAAACAACCGGCAGAAAUCCCAAUGGUGGUGGACUUGUCUACAGUCUUAGCAGAAAGAGCAUGGAAUUCCUACAUCAUAUCGUUGUCAAGCUACCAAAGAAUGUUUGUCAAGCGGGAGGAUUACGAAAUUAAAGUUCCAGAAAGUUACUACGAUUUUACUGAUUUAUCGAUCGAGCCGUCGGAUAUCUACGCCAAAGUUGCAUUUAAACCUUCGCUGCAUGACGCUGUGGCUGUUGCUAAUUCAUCCAAGUCAAGCGCCGUUUCCUUGGAAACUGUAUUUGACAACGACACCGACCAAAACCAAAGCUACAAGUUCAGGUUUGAGAAAACCCGGAAGUCGGUCAUCAGCGUAUCCACACAGAAAGGCUUCACGUUCGGGGCAAAGGCCAACUUCAGCUUUGGGAUCCUGCAGAGCUUAGGGUUUGGAUGUGAGACAGAUCUCCACCAUCAGACCAACACCACAGACUCCGACACCUUCGAGGAGACCAUCGUGAUGGAAGCCACCAGCGACAUCAGCGUGGCCGCCCACAGCCGCUGUGUGGUCGACGUCCAGCUCCAGGAAAUGCCAGUCCAUCAGCCCUUCAAGUGCGUACGGCGCAUGUCCCUGCGAUACGACACGGCACCCGUGUACAUCCACAGGAAAUCAAACGGAGAACUGGUCCGGACGUACUUGGUUAACGAUCUCCGCGCCGAUCUGAAGAAAUCACAGGUGCCUUGUAGGCAGGACUUGAAGGAGUCUGAUGACGCCUUUCCCAACAGUGUGGUACUAGUUCUUGAGGGUAUCGUGAAGGGUGUUUUGGCGAGCAAGCAUAGUAUAUUGCUAAAGAAUGAAAAAUGUAGCGGUCAUUAGGGAACGUUAUUAUUGAAUUAUCUUGCACUUUUUCCAGUUCUUUAAAGCUCUUUUAAGUGCGUGUAUAGCUAUUAUUUCACUAUCAUAUGUUAUGAAACAAACAGGGAAAUAGUGCGAUCUAACUUAUAUAAGAAUGUUAAAAUCAUGUUACCUUUUUGUGAGAUUCAACAAAUAUGCCUACCUUUAAAACUAUCUAAGUUGUUUAUAGAUUUAAAUAUUCACCAAACUCUAGAGAAACUAUAGGUCCUUUUUACAAGUUGUCUAGAUUCAGAAUAGUAUCUCAGAAAAAGAAAUAGCACUUUGAAAGUUUGUGAAGAGCUAGUCAAUAUGGAACGGUAAUGAGAACUAGGUUUUACAUGGUGAUCAGUUUUAGAAGCUAUCAAAACUCAGUGCCAUCUAGCGGGUGAUAACUGAGGAUGUCGCAAAAUCUGAUUGCAAAACCAGCCAAAUGUCUUACCUUUGUGUUAGGGGGUUAAGUAAUAUGAGCUUUAGGUGUGUGGGAAAAGAUGUUAUACAAUUUUGGAACUGUUGGUAUGAUGCUGUGUAGCUGUUUUGUGUAAUACUUCAAAGCGGUUGGCGUGACUGUUCAAAGCUGCUGUCUUGAUAGCUUACAGCUUUUGGUGUUACAAUAUGUUUUAUGACUGUAUACUAUGGAACAGCUGGCAUGAAAAUUCAAAGUUGUUGGAUUAACUACUUUAGAGUUGUUGCUGUGCAGGUGUAGGCAUGUCAUAUUGGAGCUGUUGAAAUGACACUACAGUCAUGCUAAGAGCAGGAGCAGAAGGAAUUGCUGACACACAACAGUAGGUCCAGUGGUGGGUGGAAGAGGAGUGAAGCAGAGCAAGAUGGCUGAUUGAUGUAACUCAUUUUCAGAAUUUUUACUAGAAGUCUAGCCACAAACUGAACUACUUGAAGGACUUAGUACAACAUGUUCAAGUGCUGCUAAUGAGAUGUGUAGUAAACAUCUUUUUUAAAUGCAAUGUAGACAUAAAUGAGUGUUGUGAGAGAGGGAAAGAUAUUUUUAUUUAUCACUGAUUGUAACUUGACUCUAUCUCGGGUUAAGGGAUUGACCAGUAUGUGAAAUUAUUAAUAAUUCACAGACAUAUAUAUUAGAGAAUAUAUUUUUUAACACAACAAACUAUUCCUAACCCUAACUCCAACAGCCUUCUUAACUUCUAACAUUCAACUUUCUCCUAAAGAACUAAACCAAUCAACUACGCUAUCUUCGACCAACUACAGAACUCUAAAACAACUACUAACUCAUGACGCUUGAUCAGCUGACAGUCACAUUUGACCAGUCAUCAUCUUGAAUUUGAAUCUAAAUAAGUUCUUAUUGACUCCUACCUAUUCUCAACUGCUUGACCUAAGGCUAUUUCCUAACUUCUACAUUUUGUUCCUUUCUGUCUGAUCUACUUCUAUACUUGCCUAACAUUGCAUCAUCACACUGACAAAUAGUGUUUUGUUUAGUGUAUAGUGUAUAUUGUGUAGAAGAUAUUUAAACCAACUAAGUCAAGCCCAAAGAGUUAAGAAAUUGCAAUUAGAUUCUAAAUAGGCUGUAUAAUAUUAUAUAGUAAUAUAUAGUAUAGGGCCUAAGCCUAUUCAGUUUAUACUUUAUUGCAAAUAGUUAUAAGUUUAUUAAUAUUAAAGUUAGAGUGAGAGAGUAAAUGCUAGGCUACAUAUUCUUGUUAAUGUAUGUUUGUAAUCAAUGUAAUGACUUGAUUCUGAAAGUACAAUUGAAUGCAAAUGGUCUUUAAAAAUAUUAGCCUAUUUAAAAUACAAAUAGUUUAUUUUUACCAAUCACAUACUAGAGUCUAUAGUCUAUAUUAUCUAGACACUAAAACUAAGACUCAGAGUUAACAUUUCCCUUACAUUUGAGAUUACUACCAGUAGUUAUCAAACUUAUAAGCCUACUUAAUAUAAUACAUUUUAUUAGCCUACAUAAUAAUAGACCUGAAGUUAACACCCUGAAAACUUUAGUGUUAAAUUCAUGUGUUGAUGACAAUUGAUGUUGAACAGUCACAUACUUCAGAUAGAGGUCUAGAUCUAGAUCUAGAUCUAGUCUAGUGACUGACGACUUGAACCACGUCUAUAGAUCUAGAAAUCUAACUAGAUUCUAGAUCUAGAUCUAAAUCUAGUAACUAAGAUGUAAAUCUUAAUAAUAAUUUGUUAAAUUACAUACUAGGUCUACAUACAUAACAUAGGCCUAGGGGGCCUAUAAUUAUUAAUUAUUAAUUAAUUUAUUAGUUAACCGUAGUCGUAAAGUCAAUUAUUAUAUAACUUAUUAGACUAUGUACAACAUAUGAAGUUAAAACUAGAUUCUAUAUAUAAAAUAAUAGGUUUAAAUA